CAUGACAACAUUAGCAAGAGAGAUACUGCAGGCUGGAUUUGCAUUAUAUCCGAACACUGGUGGCACCAUGACCGUGUUUAAAAACUGUACUGUGGUGUUAGAUGUGAAAAAUGUGCCUUUUAAAGAAAAGAAUAAACUGAGAUUAGCUCUUCUGGAGAAUGGAGGAAACAUCUCAUAUGUCAUCAACAAAGAGUGCUCUUUUGUAGUCACGAGCAGUGUGGAGGAUCUGAGCAGUAACCGGCAGCGCAGCAUCCAGAAGCUGCAGAUCCCAGUGGUCGGGACGCAGUAUGUGUGGAGCUGUAUGGACCAAGGGCAUCUCCUGCCUUUGACGGAGCAUAAUUUGAGCCCACAGCUGCCAUAUCCCACCUCUGAAUUCCUCCCUCCUUCAGAGGUAAAAGUGUCAACACACAUACUAGGAAAAGAGACGUUCAGAGGUCACCCUGAACUCCCAAAGACUGAAGCUGAGAUUCUUGAGAAGGGUGGACCCCGUCCUGGCAGGUUCAGAGUUUACAAAGAAGGUGACCAUGACCUGCCUGAAUUUCCUUCAUAUUUUCAAGUGGCUAAGUAUUCCGUUUUUGAGAGGGUCAAACCCAAGACUUUGUCUGUUCUGGAGCUGCAGAGUGCCAAAGGCCGAGCAGGCCAGCAGUAUCGUGUGUUGUGUUCAGUUUUGCGUGAAGCUGAGACCGCAGUGGUUCAGGACAAGCUUGUGUUCUGCGUGACGUCUGAAGAUGCUGUGGAAGCAUAUCUGCAGCUGAUGAAUGAGAUGGCGACAGAGGAAUUCACAAAGACACACACUCUUCCCCCUGAGGUUGAGCGCUUGGCGUCCUAUAGCCUCCAGCAGCUGCUAUUGGAGGAGAAGCUGAACUGCAGCACAUUGUCACAGGAAGUUGGUGUCUUUGUGGAGCUGGUUUGGACUGAAGCUCUCGGUUCCCUUAAUAACAUCCUGACAGUCCCUGUCUCCAGAAUCAGCCUCAAUGAUGUGAGCAGGGGGGAGGGAUUGUUACUGCAGGCACAAAAGACUGAGAAAGAGGAUGAAGUCAAAGCCCUGCUGGAGGAGGUCAACACUCUUCUGCCCCUCAGAAUGAUCGACCCUCCUUCCAAAGACAAGCUUGUGUCAAAGAAACUAGACCUUUGUCAGCUGAUCAGAGAUAUUAUAAAUGUCAGCGAGGCCACUCUGGGAAGCCCCUCACCCUCGUCUCUGGGAAAGUAUCGAGCUCUGAGGUGCAGCAUUGAGGUUGUUCCACCACAAAACCCUGAGUUUCAUGUUGUCUCUCAACUGCUUCAGGACAGGCCUGUUCAGAUUCAGCAGAUACUGCGUGUCAGCAGAGGGAUGGAGCUUCAGUUGUUUAAGGAGGAUUUAGGCAACAUUAAACCCCUCCUCCACUCCACUAGUCCCAGCAGUUUUGUUGGAAUACUGUCACGAGGUCUGCUGCUACCCAGGGUUGGAGUCGAACAGCAUGGAAUUGAGAGAACGGAUAUCGGGAAUCUUGGAGGAGGAAUCUACUUCAGUGACUCUCUGAAGACUAGUGUAAAUUACUCCAAGCCCAGUGUGACUGACGGCUCUCGGCUGCUGUUGGUGUGUGAAGUGGCUUUGGGUCGGUGUAAGGACCUGUUGAAGAAAGACACCACUUUGACUUGUGCUCCUGAUGGCUACCACAGUGUACAUGGAGUCCAACGCACUCGCAACAGACUCUCUGAAUUUGAGGAUGAUGAAUUUGUCGUCUAUAACACAGAGCAGAUCAGACUGAAGUAUGUGGUGCAGUACAGUCUGGAGGGAGACAAAUUAAAAGAGUUCCAGCCUCAAAUCAACACUCAGCUCACGGACACAACACCUGAUAUCUUGUCCAGUGAUAACAGUGAGGGUUUGGAGUCCACUAAGAAUCCUCUGGAGGUAAUGAACGCAGGUUUGUUGGACAGCAGUGGUCAGAAACUUCCUCUACAUGCUGUCAAUGUGAGGUGUAAGCUGAUGGACCUACUGUGUCAGGUCAUCAUUUUCCAGACCUACACAAACCAGAGUGCUGUUCCCAUUGAAGCAAAGUAUGUCUUUCCACUGGAGGAGACGGCAGCAGUGUGUGGAUUUGAAGCCUUUAUCAAUGGAAAACAUGUCAUUGGAAAGGUAAAGGAAAAAGAGCAAGCUCGUAAGGAGUACAAGCAAGCCAUAGAGAAAGGUCAUGGAGCCUACCUGAUGGACCAGGAUGCACCUGAUGUAUUUACUAUCAGUGUGGGGAAUCUUCCUCCUGGAGCCACAGUUCUGAUCAAGGUGACGUUCAUCACUGAGCUGCUGGUCAGAUCAGGCUCUAUAGUCUUCUUACUGUCUGGCAGCGUGGCACCAUGGCAACAGAGAGCCACCCUUAAUCAGACAACUCAGGCCACUGUUGAAAAGAUUGGUGUGACGGAGCUUCAGUCAGAGGGGGAGUUUUCUCUGUCUAUGUCCAUUGAAAUGCCUUAUGAGAUCAUCAACUUGAGCUCUUCACACCGCAUCAAAACCAAGAGGACAGACUGUAAGGCAGUGAUCAGCACGUUACCGGGACAGACUCUGGGAUCUGAAGGUUUACAGGUGUCCUUUAGUCUUUCUAAUAUCCACAUGCCCAGGAUGUGGGUCGAGAACCAUCCGGGUAAAGAUAGUCAGGCCUGCAUGCUGGUGUUUUAUCCAGACUUUAAGUCAAGCGGGGUGUCCAGCUCUGGAGGUCCGUCCAGUGUGAGCGAUGUGGUCAUUCUUCUGGACUCCUCCAAGUCCAUGCAGGGAGACAACAUGCUGAACGCUCGUAGGAUUUCCCUUCAAGUCCUCAAAUCUCUGGACCGCUCACUGAAGAUCAACAUCAUCUCUUUCAGCACUGAUUACAAGGAAGCUUUUCCUGCACCAGUGCCUUUAGAUGAGGCAUCUGAAUCAGCCAGAAAAUUUAUUAUGUCGUGUGGCGGCUCUGGUGGCAGCACUGAUCUGUGGCGGCCUCUCCGGAGCCUGAGUCUGCUGCCUCCCUGCCGGGGCGUGAGGAACAUCCUGCUGCUCUCUGAUGGACAUGUUCAGAACCAGCCUCUGACCCUACAGCUGGUCCGAGAAAACUCCUGCCACACGCGCCUCUUCACCUGCGGACUCAGCUUGACAGCUAAUCGUCAUAUGCUCAGAGCUUUAGCUCAGGCAGGUGGAGGAACAUAUGAAUUUUUUGACACAAAGAUUAAACACACUUGGGCAGAAAAGGUGCGCGCUCAGGUUCAGCGUAUGGAGUCUCCAGGCUGCAGCUCAGUGGCAGUGAAGUGGCAGCAGUUUAAUCCCACAGUGCCGCUUCCUGUUCAAGCCCCCUCACAGCUUCACGCUCUCUUCAGUGACUGUCACACUCUCGUAUACGGAUUUGUGCCACACUGCACUCAGGCCACACUGUUUGGUGAUUUGAGUGGACAAGAGAUC